AUGGGUGAAUUAUCAUCGGUCCUCCUCGCAGCCGCGAUGGUGGCGGCCGGGGUUCUCUCUGCAAUUUGCGCCACAUCACCCACCCCUGCCCCAGCACAGAAAUCUCGGCAGCGAGACCGCCUCGGCAUAAUAGCGGGGACUUUUCCGAUUAUUGCCCGUCGAAUCGCGCUCAUCGUUGUCAUGUAUCAUGCGCUGUUGGUGGUCAUUCCGCAUUAUGCCCCUGGUCGCAUCUUACAGGUGUGUCCGCAGCCUCAAAAUCUUCGCCCGGAACUGUUCACAUGGAAUAUCUGCUCAAUCACAUCCCUCCUCCUGGUCUACGUCGGUGCAUACGUGCGCCUCUCGGCUUACGGUGGACUCGGCAAAUUCUUCACGUUUCACCUGACUGUUCCAGAUCAUCUGGUGACAACGGGGAUUUAUCGCUGGGUCCAACAUCCCAGCUAUACAGGAGCGGCGCUGGUGGCCAUCGGAAUCACAGCUUUAUUCACUCGCUGGGGAUGGCACACCCGCUUGCUGGAUCCCCGAGUCAGUUCUUGCUCGGUGGCAGGGGUGGGGAUUGAGCAUCAUGGUAGGGGCCAUAGGACUCGGGCUCGGGGCAUUGGGAAUAAGAGUGCGGGACGAAGAAGGCAUGCUGAGGCAGAAGUUUGGGCAGCAGUGGGAGGAGUGGCACCGCUCAACUAA